AUGGAGUGGACAUUAAGACGAGCAGUUCUGAGGUGACCAGCCUGGGUAGCAAUGCCAGGAUAAUUUUCAAGGGUGGAUGACAGAACCAACCAGCCUUUCUGCGGGUGAGGAACAGACACAGAAAAAAGAGAGUGUUGCCGUACAGUUGAUGAAGCGUGAAAAGGAAGUCGGUGUUCUUUCUAAUGAACUUGGUGCAGCAAAUGCAGCUACUGACCAGAAAGAGCAAUCUAUGUUGGAAAUAAAAAAAGGCUAUGCAUACAGGAGUACUGGGAGACCUAAGAAGACAGAUAUCAUUAAAUCACUUGUGACGGAGCAGGAUGCAUCUAGAAACUGUGAACUAUAUCUACCUGUGUCUAGUAAUUGUUCAGCAGUGGAGUCGUCUGAGGACAGUGAGGAGGACAUGUAUCGUGAUGCAGAAGAAAUAGAGAGAGAGAAAAUCUUACUUUGUGAGACAAGCUCUUCAGAAUAUAAACUAAGUGUUGCACCUGAAAUGGACAUCAUGGAGUAUUGCAGAAAAGAAUGGAGAGGAAGUACACCAGUAGCAAAAAGGAUGAGAAAGGGGUAUGAAGCAGUUGCUCAGAAGUUUGCAUCUAUAAGGAGAGUACGAGGUGAUAACUAUUGUGCUCUCAGAGCAACUCUUUUCCAGGCACUAAGCCAAGCUACCCAGUUACCAAGCUGGCUGCAGAGUGAGGAUUUUGCUAUGCUUCCUGAAAACUUGCUGAGAAAAUAUGACUGGAUCAAGCAGUGGCAGCUAAAACAGAAACUGGGCAGGAAGAUGGGAGAAAUAAGUGAUGAAAUUAAAGAAUAUGUAAUACUUCUAAGGAAAAAGUGGAAGAAUAUAAGUGAAAUCAAGGAUCCCGUUGAGAAACAAGAAGCUUGUGAUAAAUUGUUUAAAAAUGAAGAGGAGGAGUAUAGUCUCUAUGAAGCACUGAAAUUUUUGAUGCUUAACACCGCCAUCAAAUUAUACAACGAUGACAAAAAUGGAAGGAGGGUUCCUGUCUUCUCGUGGUUACUGUUUGCACGGGAUACAUCUAGCGACCCUUGUCAGUUAAUGCAUAAUCACUUGAAUCAUAUUGGUCACAGUGGAGGCCUUGAACAAGUGGAAAUGUUUCUCCUUGCUUAUGCUCUGCAGUACACCAUCCAAGUGUAUCGAUUGUAUAAAUAUAGUACUGAUGAAUUCAUCACACUUUAUCCCAAUGACCCAGAGGAGGACUGGCCCGUGGUGACUCUCAUAACUGAAGAUGACAGACAUUAUAAUAUUCCAGUCGGAAUGUGCCAAGAGACUAUGCUGUAAACAAGUGAUUUUUUUGCAGACAAACCUGUGCUGCUUAUUGAGAUUUCCAGUGCUAUUUUGAAACAGGAUGAUGAUGGAAACUGCAUUAUUGAAUCUGCAACAACUUGAAAUCCAUGUUUUAGAAGUUUACACCUGAACUAAAAUAUGAAAUAGGUAUUAGCUUAAAGAGUAAAAAUUUUGCAAGUACGGCUUUUGUUGCCCAUGAAAAAAAAAAGGAAACUUCUGCAAUGCUUUUUUUUGAAGGGCUUACUCUGAAUAGGAAUGCAAAAACUAUCCAUUUACUUCUUAAAAGAAGAUACAUGAGGCUCUGUAGUAAGACAUGAGCUGACCUUCUGCUCCCUGAAAUAGUGAGAUAAUGAUUAAUUGAAAUUUCUGGAAAAGUAAGCUGGCAGUGUCCUGACUGAUAUUUGUAAUGCCGCUUUGAAGCAAUUUGUACAAAUCUUGGGUCUCAGGAAGCAAUAUAAUUCUUUUGCAGUUGGAAUUUAAUGCCUGCCAUGGUUUAUGCUAUAAGAGAGAAGUUAUUUAAAGUUUUCUAAUGCUUUGGGGUUUUUUUCCAACAUGGUAUCUCUUAUUUAGAAGCCAGUCAUCUGUUACACUGAAAAUAAAGAGCUCUUCCCCUUUCAGCCCCUUGAGAGGAUCAUGGCAAAGAGACUUGAUAAUCAGGGAGUAUAAAAGUUGUUUGUAAGUAGGUCACAAAUUCAAAACCUACACAGAAUUCCCUCUUCAGUUAUGAUGGCUGGUAUGGGAUAACCACGUGCCCACUAACUUCCGUGUCUGUCCAUGUUACUGUUCCUGUAAUGUUAAUCCUCGCUGGCAGCUGCUGUGGAGAACAUCGGGGUUUUCAUUUGUCCCGGGAGUGCAGUAGAUGGAAGUAAACUUCUGGUGCAACUUCUCCACUCUUGGGAGGAGUAUGUGGGAGGUUCUGUUUCUGCUUACAAUUAUUCAUCGUGUUUUAAACUGAAGGAAUACAGAAUGUAUCAGAUGCUGGGAGUGCUGACGUACCUUGAAAAAUAAUUAAAUAAUAAAACCUUCACCUUUAGCUUAAAGUGUAAGUAUGCCCUGCAGGUGAUGCUCGGAACAAGAGAGUGAAAAUUGAUUUAAAUGAAAUGCCGGUCAUACACGGAUCACUUGGCUCCUCUGAGAAGGCCUUCUUAUAAAAGGGAUAAGAUUAUAAAAACUACUUUUAUUCCAAAUAUUCCGGAGGAAAUGACGUGCAAAACUCCCAAUUCUCCUGUUUUGUUCUACUUAAUUUGUUUGUUAACUUUCCUUUUAUUGUGAAAGGUAAUUACACAGUGAGAAUGUGUAUUCACGAUGUUCUGAAAUGUGUUUUAGACACAUCUUAAUGAGGUCUAUCAUGUACUCAGUGUUACGUUUAUCAUGUUGUCUUUGCCUUUUAAAACAACUAGUUUGAUCUGUUACUGAAAAUUCUGGGAGCUACAAGGAAAUAAACCAAUUCAUCUGACGGUA